CUUGCUGCUUAGCUGCUCCCUGGGAUCUGAUAACUGAACUUGGACUGUGGUAAAGUCAGCCUGGGCUUCUAUCCGCCACAGCCCUGCCCGGAGCCAGAGCCAUCGGUGGCUGAGCCCCCUUCUUGCCCCCUGGCUUUGGACAUGAGCCUUCGAGACUCCGGCUACAGCGUGGCCUCUGGACCCUGCGUGGUGGCCCAGCUGCCCUCCGAAGACAUGGGCCGCCUGGCGGACCCCCAGAGCAGAGACCACGGCUUCUUGCGCACCAAGAUGAAGGUGACGCUGGGGGACAGCCCCAGUGGAGACCUCUUCACCUGCCACAUCUGCCACAAGGCCUUCACCUACCAGCGCAUGCUGAAUCGCCACAUGAAGUGUCACAACGACGUCAAGAGGCACCUCUGCACCUACUGUGGGAAGGGUUUCAAUGACACCUUCGACCUGAAGAGACACGUCCGCACCCACACUGGCGUGAGGCCCUACAAAUGCAGCCUGUGUGACAAGGCCUUCACGCAGCGCUGCUCCCUGGAGUCUCAUCUCAAGAAGAUCCAUGGCGUGCAGCAGAAGUACGCGUACAAGGAGCGGCGGGCCAAGCUGUACGUGUGCGAGGAGUGCGGCUGCACGUCCGAGAGCCAGGAGGGCCACAUCCUGCACCUGAAGGAGCACCAUCCCGACAGCCCACUGCUGCGCAAGACCUCCAAGAAGGUGGCCGUGGCCCUGCAGAACACCGUCAACUCCCUGCUGCAGAGCAACCACCACCUCUGAGUGUGCCAUCUGGCCCAGGAAGGGCCACCACCCUGCGGCCUGGCCAGUCCACCUCCUGCGGCCUCCUGCUGGAACACUGGUGAUCGGGACUGAAGCCCCAGGAUGUGUGCUCACCCGGCCCCGCACUGACCUCUGCUCAUGUCGGCCUUUUUGUAUUUUGGGCGGAGGCUGAUCCAAGCUUGUAUUAUGGGCAGACAGGCAGACGUCUGGGGCAGGGGCCAGGCCAGGACUGCCUUUGAGGAAGCAGCACACCUGCAGAGCCAGGAACUCUUUCCCGGAGGAGGGUGGUCCUGUGACCCUUCUGCCUCUGGAGCACAGGGUGGGGCUGCUGGUCCCCUGUGGGUGGCAGGGCCAGGAGCACUGGCAAAAAGCACCCUGUGAGAGAUGGCCGUGGGCUUGGCGAUGACCUGCCUGGCAGUGCUUCUGACGCCCAGGGCUGCAGGGCUCUGCCCUCUGCGGGGCGCGUGUGCACACUGAAGAUGUGCGUGCCUGCACACACGGGAGGCCUUUCCACAUAUCACCUCAUUUUAAAAAAUCAAUGACAAGGUGCCAAGGAGGUUUUAUUCCCUUUUUUUAAAAGAUGACAAAUGUAUAGAUAUUAAUAUAUUUUUGGUGCUGAUGGCGACUAUUUUUAAGAGAGGAUGGAGCUGGCUUAUCUCUCUCCCAUGAGAUUCUAUUUAUCCUGGACAUUUCACGUGCUCCGUGCCGUGGUUCUGGGGUGGCUACCCUGACGCCCCAAGCUUCCUGCUACCUGUGUCUUUCCUCGGGCUUUGUCUGGUCCCCUGCCACCAGGACAGCACAUCCCAUCUGCUCUUCCCUCCCACAGCUCUGCCUCCCUCCCACUGCUUCCAGGCAGCCUGGGCCGACCAAGGGCCUUCUGAUCAGAUAACAGACUUGUGCGUAACAGCUCACGGUUUGGGAGGUUGAGGGCUUGUCUGGGUCUAGCUUCAGGGGUGAGCCAGGUGGGGAGAAUCUUUAAGAGGCCCAGAGCUGAGGCCUGAAGCACAGAAGAGUCCAGGCCAGGCCACAAGGCCUGCUCUUUUCCUGGUUGAGUCAAAAACCUGAGAACAACAGCCAAAAAUUGGGACAGAAUUAUAACCAGACACAUCAGAAACCUGUAGCGGGAGGACAGUAUUAGAUGGCUAAUAAGUUAUAUUUGUAGCCUUUUUUCUGUUUUUCAAGUAGCAAGGCUGGGUCUCGAGCCAGUGGCUCCAACUGAGGGACUCGCCAGGCUCCCUUAGCUUGGCAGGUUUCCUGCUAAUAACAGGAACGGGGCGUGGGUCAGGGGAGAGCUGGGCAGGGGUUGAAGAAGAGCGAGAAGGCACACUUCAAAGUGGUCCACAGAACACAGCCGCCGGGCCACCCCUGAAGACGUGCCCAGGGAGAGCAGCAUCGCACAGCCCGGCUGAGGGCAAGGAGCCUCUCGCUGCCCUCUGCAUGGAGACUUGCUUUACUUGCCUGCAGAGCAUGGGCGCUGCUGUGUUCUGGAAGUUCUAUAGGACUAAAUAACAUCUGGAAGCUCUGUUUGUUUACAUGUCUGUAUCCCCAUGUUCCUUGCCAAUCUGAGGGAGUCACAAGGCUCUGUGUUGUCUAUUUUAUAACUUUCUCUCCAAUUAUUAAAAUAAAAGAAACUUUUUUCUGUG